AUGGUGAACCAGGAAGUGCUGGUUCGCAAGCUUGCAGCCGUGGAGACUCUGGGCUCGGCUUCCGUCAUCUGCAGUGACAAGACGGGAACGCUGACGGAAGGCAAGAUGACCAUGGUUGGUAUGUACACCGCGGGCGUGACCUAUGACGUGACGGGAAAGGGAUUUGACCCGGAGGUUGGCCAGGUGCAGCGUAGCGGCACCACGGCCAACAGCGGGAAGGACAUGGGCGUGAAGAGCAACCUGCUGGCGGCCAUAUUGUGCUGCAACACGACACUCUCGAAAGAGAAGGACGAGGAUGGAGUGAUGAAGUGGACACCGAAGGGCAACUCCUCCGAGGCGCCGAUCGUCGUGGCUGCCCGCAAAGUGGGCUUGUCGGAGACCAUUGCCAGCGAAUACCCACGCGUUCUGGAAGUGCCUUUCUCCUCCUCGCGAAAGAUGAUGCUGACGGUGUCUCGCGUGAAGGGCACGGAGAUCUGCCCCGGUGGAAUGCCGCUGCCAGCAGGCACCAACUACUUGGCUGUGUGCAAGGGGGCACCAAAUUACAUCAUUGACCUUUGCUCCGAACAGCUGAAAGAGGAUGGCAGUGUAGCGAAACUGACGGAAGAUGACAAGAAGGAGAUCCUGAAGAUCGUGGACGGAUAUUCUGCACGUGCUCUUCGAGUCCUGGCCAUCGCUGCUCGACCGAUGAGCUCGCUUCCGUAUGACGAGAACAAUGAGGAUAUCUCCACGGACCAGAAGUUCGAAGCUUGCCGAAAACAGCUGCGCUUGAUUGGACUGGUCGCGUCUAUCGAUCCCGAGCGCGAUGGCGUGCCCGAUUCUGUCCUCGCAGCUCGUGGUGCGGGCAUUCGCGUGGUCAUGAUCACAGGUGACUAUCUCCUUACGGCAAUUGCUAUUGCCAAGAACGUCAACAUUCUCCAGCCCUGUGAUGAUCCCGAUGUUUCGGCAGUUGACUGUGCCUGCCUACGUCCAGAUGGCGAGUACCUGGAUUCCAAGGAGAUGGACAAACUGACAGGUUCUGUCCGAGUCUUCGCCCGCGCCAAGCCAGAGGAUAAGCUGGAGAUUGUCAAGAGCAUCCAAAGACAAGGUCAAGUGGCGGCGAUGACAGGUGACGGAGUCAACGAUGCCCCAGCGCUGAAUCAAGCCGACAUUGGCGUGGCCAUGGGUAUCCAAGGCACAGAGGUGGCAAAGGGUGCCUCCGACAUGAUCUUGACGGAUGACAACUUCUGUUCCAUCGUGGCUGCUGUGGAAAAGGGGCGUGCCAUCUAUGCUGGCAUUCAGAAGUUCGUGGCUUUCAUCAUGUCGGUGCACAUUGCGGAGGUGAUGCAGAUCUUCAUCUGCAUCGUGGUGGGCAUCCCCGUCAUGCGAACGCCUCUGCAGAUCCUGUUCUUGAUUCUGGUCACGGACUUGCCUCCUUCCAUUGCCCUGGGCGUCGAGCCAGGUGAGGCUAACAUCCUGAAGAUGCGUCCGCGCCCGAAGGACGAGCCCAUUGUGCUGAAUUGGAUGUGGCUGGCCAUGGUCAUGAAUGGCAUGGUCUUGACAACGGUGAUUGUCGCCGUGUACUUGAUCUCGCUCAUGCACUUCUGCGAGGGCGAGUUUCUGCAAGCAAACAUUUACUUGCUAGAAGGUUACGAGAAGAAGUUGAGCUUGGCCCAGACGGUGGCAUUCAUCUCGUUGGUUUGGUCUGAGAACAUCCGCGCUUACAUCUCCCGCUCCUUCACAAAUCCGAUGUGGCACGACAUCCUUGGAAACAAGGAGAUGCAGAAGGCGAUUGUCCUCGCUCAGAUCUGCCUGUACGGAGCUGUUCUGAUUCCGUAUCUCUCCGACAAGAUUCUGGGACUGCGAGGUCUCGAUAUUGGUGUCUUUGGUUGGGCUCUGGCAAUCGUUGGCCCAGUGGGUUGCUUCAUCCUCUCGGAAGGCUGCAAGCUCAUUAGUGCCUAUCAGGCCAGGAAGUACCAGGAGUCUCUGGCAAUCUCUGACGCUUCUGAGACCCGGAAAACACCUCUUGCUCGCAAGGGCACAGCAGCGAAGCCAGCGAAGUCGGAGGCUGCGGCUCCUGCAAGCCGCUGCUGCUGG